AUGCAGAACGCUGGGGCCCGCUGCGACGGCGCUUUGGGCGCGAGCGGCUACAAUGAAGACGACCUACGACACGCGCAACCCUCGCCCUCGCCCACGACGUCCCGCAACUCGCCCCUCACUGCCGAUGAAGCGCCAACGAACAACAGCCGCACCGACCGCCCACCUCGUCCGAUGAACGCAUGGCUUAUCUUCCGGACGGCACAGCUCAGGCAGAUGCAGGAGGACGAUCCGGGCCUGCGCAAGUCGCAGGGCGAGCUGUCCAAGAUCAUUUCCGAGAUGUGGCGGGGCGCGGACCCAGAGCUCAAGCAACAUUACGAGGAGCUCGCCAAGCAGCGUAAGCUGGAGCAUCAGCGAGCGUAUCCUGACUACCGCUACUCGCCGGCCAAGACGCAGGGCAAGGCUUCGAAGCCGAAACGCUCCGUCUCGUCCGGCAGCUCGCGCGCCACUCGCCCCUCUCUCCGUCUUUCGCCCUCUCAACUCCCUCGACGAACCACCUACGAUGCCUCAUACCACGGCUACGUCCAGCAGCAGACGGUGGGAGGAGCACUUGGCGCGUACGACGGAGCGGCAGCAGGCGAUAGCUCAUCAACGGCGUCAUCCUCGCAAGGCUCGCCUGCCUACGCCUCAUUGCCGACGCCUUCGACAGCAGGAUGGACGCACUACGGCGACUGGUCGCUUCCCGCUUCGGCCAUGGCGACCUACGAAGGUCAGGACAACGCGGCCCACCCGCACUUCCGCCAGUUGCACGAGCCAGUGGCCACGUCGCCGUCGACAGUCCAUCCUGCCGUCCUUCAGCCGCACUUGAUGCCGGCUUCGGCGCCUGCAACGGUCACGCACUUCUCGUCCGCGCUCGGCUUGACCAUGAGCCCCCAUCCGUCGGUCAUGGCAUCGUAUCACACUUCUCAGCCCCAAGUAGCACAUCGUUCGGUCGCUCCGCCUCAACAGGCGCCUGCGACUAAUCCGACGCUCUCGUCCGCCUACGCUCCUCCCGCUCAUUACCUCUCCCCGCCUUCAUCUGCCGGCCUCUCCUCAUCUUAUAGCGAGCCUUACGAACAUCCAAGCGCCCUUCGACAUGCAGCAACCCAUCCUCGACCGCCAACGGCCAAUCUGCAGCACACCACCAACGCAGUCUACGUCAAUCAGCCGGCGACAUCCUCGACGUGGGCGCCGCAUCUGUAUGAGAGACCGUCUCCUCCGCUCGUAGCGCCUGAGCCGGACGUGCAGGAUGCCCAGCACGUGUAUCAGGUCACGUCUCCCGACGCCGGAGGACCGAGUAACGCCACACUCUACCGUUCUCCCGGUCGCACCGCCUACCCCUCUGCCGCCACAACCCUACAGUACCAGUCUCUACCGCCACCAUCGCAUCGCUCGCUGCAAAAAUCGCAGGCGCAUCAGGCUCACGCCAACUCGUACACCUCAGCUUACCCGGCGCAGGAGUACGAGCACAUCUCGCACGAAGCCUCGUCCGCAUUCUCUAGCACUCAUCAGCUCGACUACAGCCACCACCAGCAGUACUCGCAAGAUCCCCGGCAGUCUUUCUCGUAUGCAUCGCAUCCGCAUGCCUCGCAUGACUCGCACAUUUAUCCUCAGCCGCCUCCAUCUGCUUGA